GAGUGGUUUACCCAUUAAAAUCGGGAAGAGAGAGAGAGAGAGAGAGAGAGAGUUGAUGUUUGUUUUAGCAAUGCAAACAAUGUGGACGUCAAGGCGGUGGGUAUAGACACUCUGACCUUAUUGAAAAUGCAGUUCCGAGUGACAGGUGGGCGAUGGAGGUGCUAGCGAGAGGGGCAGUUUUCUUGUAUCUGUCUGCAAAGAAACGUCCUCCCACGCCCGGCACUCUACCUGCAAAGCUUUUCACACCGCGAUAUUCUUGCGCAAAAUUCGGUUGCCAAAAGUCUUAGCCCAACCGUACAUCUGAAUCUGCGGAAUCCUCAACAAAUUUGAACUUUUCCGUUCCGUCCUCUUUCAUCUGAUGGGAUUACGUUUUGCUUUCGCGCUCUUUGUACCCUUUAUCUGCUCCUACUCUGUUUCUGUUUGCCCUGCCUCUUGAGAUGCAUUCCGCAGACUGAUGCUCUCUGUGCACGUCUCUGUGUUUCUCCACUGAGAUAGGCUUCUCUCGGGGCACCCGGUGAAACAUCCCUCUGAAAGCGAGUCCCGUCUUUUCACCAUUGCCAUGGCUGAGACAUUUCAGGUUCAGGGCAAGGAAGAGGAGCUCGACGAGGAAUGCCCCGUCAAACAGGUGGAGCUGACCGUGCCCAAAACCGACGACCCGACUCAGCCCGUGCUCACGUUCAGAAUGUGGGUUCUGGGCGUCGGAGCCUGCGUCAUACUCUCUUUCGUUAACCAGUUCUUCUGGUACAGGCAGAACCCCUUGUCCAUUACGUCCAUCUCCGCGCAAAUAGCUGUGGUGCCCAUCGGCCAUCUGAUGGCGAGGACGAUAACGAAACGCAUCUUCUUCCAGGGGACGAAGUGGGAAUUCAGUUUGAACCCCGGGCCUUUCAAUAUGAAGGAGCACGUCUUGAUCACUAUUUUUGCAAAUUCUGGUGCAGGCACUGUGUAUGCCACGCAUAUCUUGAGUUCCGUCAAGCUUUAUUAUAAGAGAAAGCUCACCAUUCUUCCCGCCUUUUUGGUGAUGAUGACUACUCAGGUUCUGGGCUUUGGUUGGGCUGGUCUAUUCCGGGAAUAUCUUGUCGAGCCAGGGGAAAUGUGGUGGCCGUACAAUCUGGUCCAAGUAUCCCUAUUCAGGGCUCUACAUGAGAAGGAAAAAAGGCAGAAAGGCAGCUUCACCAGGGACCAAUUCUUCGUCAUUGCAUUGAUCACCAGCUUUGCUUACUAUGUCCUUCCUGGUUAUUUGUUUAUGAUGUUAACCUCAUUUUCUUGGGUAUGUUGGAUCGCUCCUAAUUCUGUUCUUGUUCAACAACUUGGCUCGGGCCAAAAGGGCCUUGGAAUUGGUUCUGUCGGGUUUGAUUGGGCUACCAUUUCAUCAUACCUUGGGAGUCCAUUAGCUAGUCCAUGGUUUGCGACUGCGAAUGUGGCAGUUGGUUUCUUCCUCGUAAUGUAUGUCAUGACGCCGCUUUCAUACUGGUUUGAUGUGUACAACGCCAAGACCUUCCCGAUAUUUUCCCAGUCUCUCUUCUUGUCAAAUGGUACAAAGUAUGACAUUGCCACGAUCGUGAAUUCCGAGUUCCAUCUUGAUAGAGCUGCAUAUGCCAGGAAUGGUCCAAUACAUCUCAGCACCUUCUUUGCAAUGACUUACGGCCUUGGUUUUGCCACACUUUCGGCUACUGUCGUCCAUAUUUUCCUCUUCAAUGGAAGUGACCUAUGGAAGCAAAGUAAAAAAGCCUUUGGAGGGAGUAAAAAAAUGGAUGUACACACGAGGCUCAUGAAGAGAUACCAAUCAGUACCCAUGUGGUGGUUUCUUGCUAUCCUGGUCAUUAACAUUGCCUGUAUAAUUUUUGCUUGUGAGCACUACAAAGAGACUCUUCAAUUGCCAUGGUGGGGCAUAUUACUGGCAUGUGGCAUUGCAAUCUUUUUCACCCUGCCGAUUGGUAUAAUUACUGCAACCACAAAUCAGACACCCGGUUUGAACAUCAUCACCGAAUAUGUCAUUGGUUAUAUGUACCCAGAGCGCCCUGUUGCAAACAUGUGCUUCAAGGUCUACGGAUAUAUAAGCAUGACUCAAGCUCUGACUUUUCUGCAAGACUUCAAGCUGGGCCAUUACAUGAAGAUUCCACCUAGGUCAAUGUUCAUGGCACAGGUCGUUGGAACAGUAAUAUCCGUAAUUGUGUACCUGUUAACAGCUUGGUGGCUCAUGGAGACUGUCCCAAACCUUUGUGACACAUCCUUGCUGCCGCCUGACAGUCCAUGGACUUGCCCACCUGAUGGCGUGUUCUUCGAUGCAUCUGUCAUUUGGGGUCUUGUCGGGCCCCGUAGAAUUUUUGGGGACCUUGGCGAGUACGGAAAUGUGAAUUGGUUCUUCCUGGGUGGGGCUGUCGCGCCUUUGCUAGUCUGGCUCGCACACAAGGCAUUCCCCAAUCAAAACUGGAUCCGCUUAAUCCACAUGCCCGUCCUCUUAGGUUCAACAGCAAUGAUGCCGCCUGCUUCUGCCAUUAAUUUCACCUCUUGGAUCGUGAUCGGCUUCCUCUCUGGAUUUGUCGUUUUCCGGUAUAGACCGGAAUCAUGGAAGCGCUACAAUUACGUGCUUUCUGGAGGUCUUGAUGCGGGAACCGCAUUCAUGACGUUGCUGCUGUUUCUCGCUCUGCAGUCAAAGGACAUCUCCGUUGACUGGUGGGGAAACAAUCCAGAAGGAUGUCCCUUGGCCACUUGUCCAACUGCAAAAGGAGUUGCCAUAAAGGGAUGCCCCGUCUUCUGAUCAAAGCCAUUGCUCUCGUGCUUUCUUGCUCGUGUUUCCUCAGACCUGUAUAAAGUUUCAUAAGUCUCUUACUAUUAUGCGUUUUCUAGAUUUAUAGGCAGAACAAUUUAGGUUGGGUUUUCAUUGUUGAAAAAGGUGCACUCUGUCUCCAUAGUCAUUUGAAUGUCUUCCUGUUUUCCUUUCUGAGCCAGUGCCGCAUUUGAAUUUCCUUAAAUGCAAGCGCAGAUGAGACGACUGAUAAUUCUCAACAA